UAAAUCAACAUAGGGAAAUGAAAGAAGGAAGAUGACACAUUAUGAUUAUCAUCGUUUUUGUGAAUGUUUUUUAGUGUAUUUUAUUGCUUUUAUUAGUUUGAGUGUGAGUGAAAGAAUUAGUAGCAAAACCUAUGUGAUAGUCUCAGGAAAUGCAGCUUGUAUUCGUCGACUAAAUGGAACCCAUCAAGUUGGUUGUAGUUCUGAAAUAAGUGGAAAUGUUGGUGUGCUUCAUUAUGUUAACGACACAGCAUCACUUGAUUGGCUGAUAAACAGUGGACCUCAUCAGCCUUAUAUAGCACUUCUCACAUCCUUAAAUUUUACCAGCGAUACAGUUCAGAAGCUGAGAAAUUCCAAGAAAAUUGCUGGCAUUAUUGUUUCAGCAAGGGCACCACACCCUGACAACUUCUCUCCUGCUGACAAGUGCCCAGGGAAUUCAUACGGUCUAUAUAACAAUGAUAAAGACUUUGGAAAUUGUAAGAAAGUGACUUGGAAUGAGUUUGGGAAUGGAAUGUUUUUUGAGGACUUUGAGUUUCCAAUUUCCCUUGUAUCAAAUAAAAAUGAAACAGACUACCUCAUUAACAAUUGCUACCUUAAGUUCAAUGAGCCAAUACAGGGAGUGCCCAGAGAAUACCCCCUAUGUGCAGUGCAAAUGAAAUCCAGAAUGUCUGCAGCCAAAGACUCGGAGACCUGCAUGAGAAGAACAAGAACAGCCACAAAUCUUAACCCUGAUAAAUAUUGUGACCCCCUCGGUGAUAAAAAUGUGAUUGGAUUUCUCAAAGAUGUUCCAGAUCAAUACAAGCCAAGUAGUAAAUCUAUCAUCAUGGCUGUGGCAAGGAUGGACUCGUACAGUUUGUUUGAGAAUAUUUACCCUAGUGCAGACAAUCAUGUCAGUGGAAUUGUGGCCUUACUGGCUGCUGCAGAAGCAAUAGGAAAAGUCAAACACCACUUCACAAAUGAUUCUAAGGAUAUUCUUUUCACAUUCUUAAAUGGUGAGGCCUUUGAUUACAUAGGAUCUAGCAGAAUGAUUUACGACAUGGAUAACAAUGCUCUACCCCUGAAUCUGAAGAUGAACCACAUAGAUAAAAUUCUGGAAGUGAACCAGCUAGCAUUUAGAGAUGAGGGAAAAAUCUGGAUCCACUCUGAUCCAAUAAGUAGAAGAGAGCCCAAUAUAUCCACAGAAAUUGACAAAAUGAUCCAAUCUAUUCUGGAUAUUGGGAAGAAUCUUUCUGACCCUGUUGGAGAUGCCAAUCAAACAUGGCCCCUCCCACCAUCCUCUACACAGAAAUUUCUCCAGAAGCAGAAAAUUCCUGCUGUUGUUCUGACAGACCAUAAGGGAGCUUUUACAAACAGGUACUACAACAGUCGACUUGAUCUGGCCAGAACCAUCCAUGCUGAGGUUCCAGGUACCAACCAGUCAGAUGGUGGUUAUAACCAUGUGACUGACCAGGCAAAAAAUCUGACCGAGGCCGCUACACUGGUGGCCAGAAGUUUGUAUACACUGGCCACUAACUCACCUGCUCCUCAAAAUCUAACAGCUGAUGUAUUAAGUGUCCAACACAUGCUCUAUUGUUUUCUCAUCAGUCCAAACUGUGAGUUAUUUAAGGAAAUAAUUCCACCAUCCAAUGAAGCUUUUAAUAAUUUAGUUAGUCGUACGUCUCCCUACCCAUUCUAUGUAAGUGUGUACAGCAGUAGUGGCAGUAACAAUGUGACCAGACUUAUACAGCGACUCCUCACCAAUUACAUUGGGGACAAAGAGGUGAACCAGACCUCUGGAUGUACAAGCAUUGAAAAAGUGUCCACACAGUUGUAUAACUAUUUGUGGAUGGCCGGACCACUUAACCCAGACAACAGAACCAGGAGUGUGACCUGUGUAAAGAACCGGGUCACUCAAACCAAAGCCUAUUCUCCAGCUUUUGAGGACACAGAUUACCAUGGCUGGAACACUUUUCAAUACUCAACAUGGACAGAAUCCAGCUGGAAAACAAAUGCUAUUCUCCUACGAAUUUUUCUUAUUCCAAGUAAAGCUAUGGAGACCUCCAUUUUGUCAGGGGGAGUAAUUCUGACUUUGGUUUCCAUGGUGCUAAUCUACUUUUUGAACAAGAAGUCAGACAUCUUGUUUGCCCAUCCAGGACCAAGCACUAUAUAGAAGGACCAGUAAUCUUUUUGUCUUUUAGAGUUUACAAUGCUGUGAUAAUUUUAAUAAUCCCUUAUUUGUACAAAAAUAUCCAACUGUCAUCUUGUUCAAGCUACAUUUUUAUUAGUCCUACUCGAAGGCCAACAAUGAAAAAUGUUUUGUCUGAUAUACUUUGACUGACUCAUCAAAAUUACCCCUACCCAGUCAUUUUUUUUCAAUAUUUGAACUUUAAAAAAAAUUGUUUCUGGGAAAAUAUAGAUUGUCCAACUUGCUUUUAAACUUU